AUGUUUGCUGCAGUUUCUAUCAUGUUGCUUUUACAAAACUUGGCACAAGUAAGCUCACUUGGCUCUUGCUGGACGGACGGUCUCUGUGCACGGCAUAAUCCAACCUUAAAAACCGUACCGGACAAUCUAACAUUUAGCACGCUGUCUAGCCUGAUUCUCAAAUUCAACGACAUAGAACAGGUGACGUCAGUACCAGAAAUGCCGAAGUUGACAUAUCUGGACUUGUCUUAUAAUCGCUUGAAAGUAUUUCCGUGGUCCACACUCCACAAUACGCCACAGAUCACCAACCUAGACCUGCACCACAACCAAAUAUCACGAGUUGAUGCCUACGUCGACUUCCCUCGCUCUUUAGUGCAACUUUCUCUUCAAUACAAUCGCAUCGCCACCGUUCCAGAGACUUUCCCGAGCGGAGCGAACCCGCCGGAAAGCAUCUUCUACCUCGGGAUCUGGCAGAACCCGUUCCGUUGCGAUUGCGGGGCGGAGUGGAUCGCCCGUUCGCGGCGAUGCGUGACGGAACACCGCCGAGACGGGUGCGCGAACACCACGCCGAAGAAAGUGAAGGCCUGCAUGUUGGCGAACUGCGAUUUUCCUCAUCCAACUGGCACAGUGGUGGUCCUGGACGUCCCAGAAAAUCACGCCACCUUCAUCACUCGCCUGAGAUAUCCGUACGUCCUGAGGUGUAACUCGCCAUCUGAGAUGAAAGGGAAGUUCUUGAGGGACUUAAACCUGAUGACUUGUGCCCCUCCCAGCACUUCUGCAAAGCCACUACAAACCACAGAGCCUCACGCACCUAGGACAACCCGGACACAGCAAGUCGAAACGGGAGAACCAGAAGAGGAAAAUAAUGAACUGCAAGUCACUAUCAGCGGACAGAUGACCACUGUUACCAACUGGAAGGCACCACUGACGGAAUUUUGGAAAGCGUUCACCGCCAUCUUAUUCGGUGCGCUUCUCGCCGUCCUGGUUGUGAUCAACUUCACCCUGCGCCGCAGAUCGAGCGCUCUCGUGCAUCGCUUGCGUCACCGGCAGACUGCAGCGGGUCUUCACAGCACGGCAGGGGAACCAAGACGCCAGAGGCGCAGAAGAGACGGCGAGCAGGAAACAGGUUUCUAG